AUGACAAGAAUACCCUUUGUUGUUAUUACCUCAUUUAUCUCUCUCUUCCGUCCCAUUUUUCUCUCUUUUUUAUCUUUUUCCUUAAAUUUUUUUCUCUCUCCUCUAUCUUUCAUCACACUCUUUCUCUCUUCUGUCCCUUCAUUCAAUUUAUCUCUCCUCUAUCUUUCUUCAAUUUUUCUAUCCUCUCUCUUCUAUCAUUCUGUUUUCCAUCUUUUAUUUAAAGUUCUCUUUCCUCUUUCUUCAAUCCCACUCAUUCUCUCUCCUCUCUCUUUUGCCAUUCUCUCUAUCCUCUCUCUUCUUUCAUUCGCUCUUAUCUCUUCUAUCUAA